AAUAAAUCUUUAUAGAAAAAUAGAAAGAAAAGUAUAACAUAGUGAAAAUUAACUAGUUAUAUAAAUUUUUUAGGAAAUAUCAAUGUAUCAUUGCCCUGUUUCUCAUAGCUGAAGAAGGAAAAAAGAUGAAAACCUUGAAUUAAAAUAAUGGAUGCCUCGACUUGUAAACAUGCAUUUCGAUUUAAGUAUAGAAGCAAAACAUUUUAAAAAUUUCAGUGAGAAUAACAAAAUGAAAUUAACGAACAGAAUCAUUUCUACUUAUAACAGAAAAGUUAUGGAAAUAAUUAUGCAGUAAGUUCAUCAAACAUGUAGUUCUAGAAUAUGAAACUAGUUGACCCUACAUCCUCUAUACUAUGGUUUUUUAUUCCUUAAUGAAUUCUAAGCAGUAUCAUCUCCAACAUCAUGUUGAUUUUGUUUCUUUUUCAUUCUUCUGAGAUUUCCUGUGGGAAAGAGAAAACAUCUAAAUCACAUUGGUAUGUUGGUUCAUCAGAUAUUAACAGAAGGCAAUGACUCCUACUAACUUAGGUCAUGUGUAUGGCAUUUAUAAUAGGUAAACUUGUGUUCUCAUAGCAUGCAACCAUGGAAAGUUAAAUCCAAAGAGAGAGUUUUGGUUGCGUAGGUCCCUUAUUACAAGAUAUCCUAUGCCUUUUCUGUUGUUUACAUUAAUGUUGUAAUCACACGAAGGCUACAUCUCCUCUUACAUGGUUACUAUGUCAUCUACAUCUCAACCUUCUAUCCAAUCAUAGCCAUAAUCCACAUGCCAUAAAUAGCAAUCUAAGUUUCCCUACCAAAUCAGUUCCAACACACAAUGGGUGCAGUGUUCUUGGUUUUGGCUUUAGCUAGUCUUACCAACCCUCUACCCACAAUCAUUGCCCAAACACCAACACCCUCCAAGUUUCAACCUUCAACAUUGCCAAACACAACUCCAUCUGCACCAUCAGUGGCUAAACAACAAGAAGCAUCUUCUCCAACUUCAACUAGCAAGCCAACACCAGCAACCACAUCUUCACCCUCCAAAUUGCCAAAUGCAGCUUCCCCCUUUUCUGCUACAAAGCCUCCCAUUGUCAUAGCAACCCCUCUUCCCUCAAGGAAACCACCACCAGCAACAACCUCUCCCACUUCUAGUAAAUCACCACUUCCCAAAGUUUCAUCUCCAACUUCAUCUGCACCGGUGAAAUCACCACUUCCUAAGGUUUCAUCUCCAAAAUCAUCUGUUCCUGUGAGAUCACCAGUUCCAAAAGCUACAUCUCCAACAUCUGCUCCUGUGAAAUUACCAGAUCCCAAGCCUUUACCCCCAAUCUCCUCUCCAGUGAAGCCACCAGUUCCCAAAACAACACCUCCAAAGAUAGCUCCUUUGAAACCACCCGUUCCAAAAACAACACCCCCAAAAAUAGCACCAGUGAAACCACCUGUUCCCAAGAUUACACCAGCAUCAAGUCCGAAACCCCCAUCCCCCAAAAUCCCACCACCACAACCACCCAAAAAAGCUCCUAUUUCACCACCACAACCACCCAAAAAAGCCCCUAUUUCACCACCACCACUGCCAUUAUUGCCUACUCCAAAAGUAUCCCCAACACCGGCCGAAGCACCAACAGCGCCAGCACCAGCCAAAAAGGCACCAGCACCAGCACCUGCACACAAAAAGAAAGCGCCAAAACCAUCACCUGUUCCUUCACCACUAAGUAAGACGCCAACACCUGCACCAACGCCUUCGAUUGAAACACCAACCCCAGCACCAGCACGCGAAGAUGACACCCCAGAACCUCCUCCCCACAGGCACGGGAGAAGAAGACACAAACACAAGACACAUCACUCGCAAUCUCUGGCUCCAGCACCAACCAUUAUUCGGAGGAGUCCACCAGCACCACUUGUUCAAGAUAUCACCACAACCCAGCCAGAAGAGACGCCUGCACCGGCACCAAAUCCCAAUGCGAAUGGCGCGCAAGCAUACAAUAGGCAAGGGAACACAUGGCCCAGUGUUGGAGUCGCCAUUGCCAUUUUGUUAUCUGUCAUCACAUGACACUUUCAAAGUUUCAUAUGAAGAACAUGGAUUGGUGGUGUGUUUGCAGAACAUAUAAAAUCAGUUAAAUGUGUGAAACUGAAUAAAGAAUUAUUAUACCCAUAUAUUUUUUUUACAUUUUGUUCUUUCUGUGUUUAAUUGUAUUCUUUGCUAACAUGUAUAAAUACGCUCUUUAUCUUUUCUUACUA